AAGUGAGCGACGCCAGUACGGCUCGCGACGUCGACGGGUUUUCUCGCUUGCGUGCUUAGCUCGUGAUGCUCGGCUUUCGACGAGCCACGAUCGCCCGGUAGAAUUCUUCGUCGGAGAAGUGGACGCAACAGGACGCCGGGCGUCGCGUGACAACGACGAGACGCAUGAGGUAGCUUGGAUUGCUUUCGAGUGUGAAGGAUUGUCUCGCAGGUGCCGGCGCCACGCGACGUGUCAGUAACCCCCGAAUAACGGAAGGAAACGAGGGGUGGAGGCGCAGGAGGAACGUGUGUGCUGGCGAAACGCACACAUAGAUACAGAGUGGGAAAGAGAAGGAGAGAAAGGUGGAAGGUAACUCUGAAUCAAAAUCGCCGAAUUUUAGUCAAUUAAAGCGAGCGGAGAGCUUGCGAGUAAUACUUAGCAGCUUAGAAGUUUUCACUAAAAAAAGAUAACUAUUUCAUUAUUAAACGGAUAUAACGGCAAUAAAAGGACCUCAGGCGUAGCUCAAUAUUUUAUACAUAUAGGAUUCUUGGACGGUAAGAGAUAGAGAGAAAAGUCGCGGAGGGCGGAAAGGCGGAGGGGUGGAACAAAUAAAGGGAAGAGUGAGUGCAAGAGAGAGAGAGAGAGAGAGGAGAAUAAGUUAGAAGGACCGCGAAGAAAAUUUAUAUUUUUCUCGGCCUCCCGAUAAAACGUAAAACGUGACUACCAUAUUUGUUACCGAGACUAUUGCUGCAUUGAGACACUCUAGUGAUAACUCGAUGCUACUUUUUUUACUGGGUAACGCAAUGUUAAUGAGGGAAUUCCAAUAAUACGCUUCUCGACGACGUGAUUUAAGUCUUACGUAAGAAAAAAAAACUAAGAAAAAAAAGAAGAAACGGACGAAGACAAACAUGGGAUGCAACACUAGCAAGGAGAGCGUUCAGCCAGCGGUGGACGAGGCGAAAGAAGGCGAUUCCGUCAAGAACGGGGAUAUCUCAAAACCGGCGGAAGACAGUGCAACGAAAGAGGAGUCCUCGGACAAGGAGAAAGAAAAAGAGGACGUAGAGGACGAAAAGGAGAAGGAAGAGGCGGCGGCCACGAAAAUACAAGCGGUAUUCCGCGGCCAUCACGCCAGGAAAAGUCUAAAAGUGUCGGAAACAACGUCGGGGCCAACGAAAACCGAGGAGGCGCCCUCGGAACCGACGGAGGCACAGCUGCAGGAGGAAUUCCCUCCCGGCGAUAAGGAGCUCUGUCACGCGGUGACGAAGAUACAGGCGACCUUCCGGGGCCACAUGUCGAGAAAGGAACAGACCACUGCGGCUGUCAAGUCGGCGGUCGAGAGCGCGACUGCCAAGAUAGAAGAAAAGAUGCAAGACGCUGUGCAGGAGUUAGAAGGGAUCGAUUUGGCCGAUCCGGACUUGCAUAAAGCAGCGACUAAGAUCCAAGCGAGUUUCCGCGGUCACAAGGUCCGUCAGGAGGUCAACAUUCAUACUACUGCCGACGAAACUAAAAAAUAAGACGCUUACUCGAACGCAGGGAUGUCGGGAGAUAGAUUACUACCUAUUACAGCCAGUGCCAUUCUUAACAGGUUGAACGCCAUCCCCUAUUUCUUGUACCUUAUAAUAUAGCAUUCGCGAAUUAGUAAGUUAUGUGCGUAAAUAUACGAGACAUUCCAGUAAGACCGAACAACGGACAACUCUGAUUAUUAGUUCGCUUCGGACCGCAAAUUGUAAACAACGAUACCGUUUAUUUUACGUUGAUAAUUAAUCCAGCCUUCGCCCGGGACCAGUGAGACUUUAAACGCUUUCUACUUUGGCUAGAACGAGGACCUUUCGGACAAAGUAUAUUACAGGCCGAGGCAUACACACGUGGGAACAUUUAAAUAUUUCUCUAUUGUUUAUGAAAGAAAAAAGGUAUGAGAAAAAAAUUUUUCUGGAACGAAGCUGCAUUGUGUAAAGGGAAGGAAUAUAAUGGUGAAUAAAAGAAAAUUGUUCCUUAAGCCGAUUCCUAUAGAUCGAUUUUGAGUACAUUUCACACGAUUCGCUACACCACACACACACACACACACACACACCCACACCCACACCCACACACGUACACGCGAUUCGCUGACCAUUCUCGACCUAUUCUUGUACUAUCGACUUGUACCUACAAUUUUUAUGAGUUACGACUGCCACAGUGCAGAUAGGCGGAUUUUUUAAAGGCAGCCUUCUCCUAAAGGUGGUAUAAUAUAAGUUACAUAAAGCCAAUGAUAAGGAGGAAAAAAAAUUAGAAAGACGUAGAGGAGGAAAAGAGAAAAGAAAAAAAAAUUCCCCUCUCUCUCUAUAAUUACCCGAUAUAAAUUGUGAUCUAUGAGAACAAGUGUGCGCGAUUCUCCUACCUGGUAGGUAUAUUAAGCGGCACACGGCAAACAAUAGAAUAUAACUUUGACGUCCUGCGCAUGUUAAACGGAGCAUACAUUAAGAUAUGUACCAAUACAAAUAAUGUGCAUGUUAACUUUUAUAAGUUCCUGUAUUUAUGUAAAAUAAACGGUAUGGUUGUAGUUUCCAAUUUUAAAAUCCAAUUUUAAAAUUAAACAUGAACGAUGAAAGUCUGUUUUUCGAAUACUCUUUAUAAUGACACACAGAUAUACACACGACAUUUUUAAUUUUUCUUUCAACGUUCCUGAGUUAUUGAAUAGCGUUGAAACGGAAUGUGAUAAUUCAAGCAUUUCUUCAUUGCACUUUCUACAUUUUUCCAACAUUUUCUUCUUUGCUCUCUUUUUCUGUCUUUCUCUCCUUCCAAAGUUAAAUGUAUAUCCGUUUCAUUUUUAAUGUGGAAAGUGUAAAAAUGUGUACGAUUGUUUCCGUCUCUCUCUUUCUCUUUCUCUAUCUCUCUCUCUCUCUCUCACUCUCUCUCUCUCUCCCUCUCUCUCCCCCUUGAAAGUUUGGAAAGAAAGCAUUAAUCCUAAGCCGAAGUGAAUUAGAGAUUAGUCUUUCUUCUUCGUCAUAGUAUUCAACCUGUUAACUUUAGAAGGACUGUAAAUUUAGGAAAAUCUUUCCCAUUCCGUGGGUAUAAAAAGGGCUAAGACAUUCCAAACUUUCAAAUAAUUUUGCAAAUGUUGGAAGGCGAAAAAAGUUUCAUUGUACUUUACGUUACUAAUGCAGUAGAAUCUCUAUUUAACGAAGAGUAAUAUGGAAUAUUUGAACUUUAAAGUAAAACUUAGAUCAUUAUAGAUAUAUUAAUCUAUGAAAACUUCUUAAGAUUCUUCGAUAUCAUUUGUCCUGUUCAGACGACUUUUCUCAGAUGCUUUGCACGCGUCGAAAAACAUCUAAAAUAAUGUACUUAAAAAAUCGCAUGUACGACUCACCGGCCUAUUGCCAAUAAUGCAUUAAUUAAAGUAAACAUUAAAACAAGGUUCUACUGCAUCGUUUGAAAACGUGCGUAAUAUACAGGAUUUAUGGCUGCUUAAAAGAGAUAAGCUGAAAGAGGCCCGUCGAAAUAACGAGUUCGGUCCUUCCAGUAAUGAUAUCUACGAGCUUACUUGCUCAAAAUCUUCAUGUAUGAAUGUUAAAACUCCGUUAUAAUUUCUACGCUUCUGUAUUAAUGUUUAAUUUCGCGUAAUAACGGAUUCUUUUCGGAAUAUCGAUAGCCACCUCCAACUUUGUUGCGAUCUAGUUCAUUUUGCAUGUGAAUUAGCAUAUCGAUGUACCUUGAAAUGGAAAUUUAUUUUACCAGGCCUAAAAAAAGUUCACUUAUGUACGCCAUAUCGACCAGAUCUUGUGUGUGAUUACAGCAACAAUCGAUCAGUAAACGAUUUGAAAGUGCGUAAAUGCGCGAAACAGCGAGCCAGAACAAUUUUGCUGAACUGAACUGUCGUUCGAACAAUCGUUUACUCUUCAACGCCAGCUUUAUUCGUCCACAAAGCAGGGUGCUGCGAAUUUGUUACGUUUCACUUCCUCAUGUUCGUCCACGUGUUUUUCUACUGAGCGAUUAUUAUUUCCAUCUCUUCUAUACUUGUAAUUUAUACCGAUAUUUAUACCGAUUUGCUGAAGACACCGGCGAGUUGCGUAUCGAACAAUAUUACGCGACAUUCCUGUAUUAACACGUUCAACAUUGACCGUGAGCAAUAAUUGCACGCAUUUAUUGUGAUAAAAUUAUGUAGUCUACUCGUUAAACAAAUAAACGUGUUGAGAUAAUAUUGCAAUGUGAGCAACCUCCUCAAAUAUAAUAUGUUCUGUUUCACGCAAUAUUUCCGCGCGAUUCGUAUUGAUUGCAAUAGAGUACGUGCAGCUAUUGUUCAGCAAGCAGACAUAAAACAGAUACGUGCAUUCGAACACCAUUAUUCAAUUCCCAAUAUGCAAUAUUUUAUUUUCAAUUCCUAAAUUUUAUAUCCCGCAUAUCCCAACUCUUAGCUUUUAAAAUCAAGUUUUUGAAUCCACAGUAGCGGCUCCAAAUUUCCAAUUAGAAAUUGUAUACGAGUUUUCGAUUUCCACUUCGUAAUUACAUCUACCCGGAUUUUUACUACCCUGUUUCUAAUUCUUCAUUUGUAAACAUAUACUGUCUUGGAUGACACGAUUUACGUAUUACUCAUAAGUUACUUGCGAUUGUCGCUUGUAGAAAAUUAAAGCGAAGCUUUGGUAUCGCUGAAAAUGAUCUAUCAUCGAGUAACGUUGUCUCGGUUUACGUCGGGGUGAGCAUCGUGAGUGUGACGAAUAUUUGUUGUAUCGAAUUAAUAUAGAAAGGAACGUUGCGACGAAUAAUAGACAUUCUUGUCGAUACGUUACUUUGUCACGUAUGAAUAGUUUUAGCGGUGCACAAGACAAGUUGUGGUAAAAUAUAUUGUAAGAAUGUAAUAAAAAAAAACGACUGGUGUAUUGCUGAAACGAGCGGUACGCUACAUGUAA